UCCAGUUCUCCAUCCCUCCCUACUUCCCUCCCUCUCUCAGUCGCUCCCACCUCACUCCUUUCUACUCUCUUUUCUACAACAAACAUGGCCGCGAAGUCGGACGGCGCUGCCGUGCCGUUACAGAACGACAUCCCGCCGUUGUGCGUGCGCAGUCCCGGGCUGAGCUCGCCGCGCGGCCGCUACUCUCUGCUGGACUGCUGCUGGACGCUCGGCGCUCUCCUCGUGUUUUUCUCGGACGGGGCCUCCGACCUGUGGCUGGCCGCCGACUACUACCUACGGCAGGACUACCGCUGGUUCGCGCUCACGCUCGUCUUCGUGGUCGUGCCGUCUGUGGUGGUGCAGGUGCUUAGCUUCCGCUGGUUCGCGUAUGACUUCUCGGAGUCGAGCAGCGCCGGUUCCGCCGCGGCAGCCGUCGUGGCAGCGUCCGGAGCUCAGAGGCGCUUCAGCACCGCGGAGAGCGGCGCCCGGACCCGCUGCUGCAGAGCCUGCGCCUGGCUCUUCCAAAGCAUCGUGCACAUCCUCCAGCUAGCUCAGGUCUGGAGGUACAUCCAUGCCCUGUAUCUGGGAGCGCAGAGCCGAUGGCGGGGGGACAGAGGACACAGACACUUUUACUGGCGCCUGAUGUUCGAGAGUGCGGACAUCAGCAUGCUACGGCUGCUGGAGACCUUCCUGAAGAGCGCUCCUCAACUCGUCCUGCAGCUCAGCAUCAUGGUCCAGGCCAUGCAGGUCCUCCCUUUACAAGGCCUGUCUGCUUCUGCCUCGCUGGUGUCUCUUGCCUGGAUGAUGGCGUCCUACCAAAAGGCUCUGCGGGACUCCCGUGAUGACAAGCUGCCCAUGUCUUACAAAGCAGCAGUUGUGCAGAUGCUUUGGCACUUGUUCAUGGUUGGGGCACGUGCUAUGGCGUUUGCGCUGUUCGCCUCAAUCUUCCAACUCUACUUUGGGAUCUUCAUUGUAGCCCACUGGUGUGCCAUGACGUUUUGGAUCAUCCAAGGUGAGACUGACUUCUGCAUGUCCAAGUGGGAGGAGAUCAUUUACAACAUGAUGGUGGGCAUCGUGUAUGUGUUCUGCUGGUUCAGUGUGCGAGAGGGACCCACACGUUGCCGCCUGCUUCUCUACAGCUUUAUAGUACUGGCUGAGAACGUGGCCCUCACUGCUGCAUGGUACUUGUACCGUGGCCCACGCAUCUCUGACUUCUAUGCUGUGGUGGUGGUGUGCGUGGUGGCCUGUAGCUACGCCCUGGGUACCUUCUUUAUGUUUGUGUACUACUGCCUGCUGCACCCAGAUGGCCCUGUGACAGUUGCCCAUCUAGGAUGUGGCACAGUGGAGGGGGGUGCUGUGUCAGAAGCUUGUCUCUCAACAGCGACCUCUGCUCCUCCUCCAGAUAUGGUGAGCAGCCCACCCAGGACGUUGCAGAGGACUAAAGGAGGAGGAGAGCAAGAAGCAGCAGGUGAGGGGGCGGACGUCUUUCAGGUGCGCCCCCCUGCUGGUUUAAGGACUCCUGCACCCCGCCCCACCCCAAAGACAGAAGGGCCGGUUAUUCGAAUUGACCUGCCCAGGAAGCAGUACCCUGCCUGGGAUGCUCACUUCAUUGAUCGUAGGCUGCGCAAGACCAUCUUGGUCCUAGAGGGUGCAGCACCAGGCACACCCAGGAUCCAGUACCGCUGUUUGGGCACACCAAAGGAGGUGAUGGAGUAUGAAACGACAGUGUGAAUGCCACACAUGCUCACAAGAGAGGCCACCUACUGUCUUACUCCAGAAUGCAGGAAGCUGUCAUUGCAUCAGACUGCAGUCAGAUCACCCUGGUGCAAAUGGAGUUGCAACAGGCAGAGGGGAGAGAGAUAGAGAUAGAAGAGUGUACAAACAGUGCUGGUCAGGUCUCCACAUCAUAUGACCUCUUUUUUUUUUAAUCUUUGACAUCUGUAGAAAUAUGCAUUAUGAACAUUGGUAUCUGAGUGGUUAAGGCUUCUUGCUAGUGACAAUAAGGUGUUGGAUUCAGAUCCCCGUGCUCUUGGGCUUUUUGAAUAAGAUCCAUUGAAUGCUGGGCUAAAUACACAGGCUGUUUUCUGCCUAUAGUGGUAAGUCACUUUGGCUAAAAGCAUCUGCAAAACCCAUAAUACUCCAGCUUUUUUCAACCUAAUCUUUAUCUAACCUCUUAGUAACCAGGGCAACUGCUCUGAAGCUUUAGUUACCAACUUAUAUGACACAUCACAGGUGUUUUUCACAGAGUGUUCAUGGUUCAUAUGCAAGCUCUGUUAUUUCAGACCUCCCCAGCCGCUUGUGUGGGGGGGGGUAGAAUAAAAAAAUGGCUCAAUGGUUCACACCUCACACAAAUAAUAAUUAAUUUACAACAAGAAGAUUACUGCAUUACAGUCACACAUGUAACAAUGACACACAUGACAGUUGCACAUCAUUGGCUAUUCAGCCACUUUUGCUUGACAGAAUUUACACUUUUCUAUUGGAACUAAAAUAGGCAUCUUGUUUAAACCUGAGGUGCCAAAGAAUAGAUGUAUCUUCACUUGACUCUUCACAGUACAAAUUCUUCCACAUUUAAAUUCUCUCUCUGUUUUUCCCCAAAACUAAGCCUAACAGCACUAUUUUAUUCUAAUAGCGAAUGAUACCAUCUUUGGCUGAGUAUGACUUGAGUAUGUUUUCAUCUCUGUGGUUCUACUCUAAUGAUUUCACCUAGCAAUUCAGGACUGUAUACAGUUACUGAUUGUAGCCCACCUUACACCACCUUACAGGCACACAGUUAGAGAAAAAAUUUAUUAAUAUUAUCUCGGGGGGAGCUGGCUUAGUGGUCAGCACACUUGCCUCGCACCUCCGGGAUUUAGGCUCGAAUCUUGCCUGCACCCUGUGUGCGGGGAGCUUGCAUGCUCUCCCUGUGCCUCGGGGGUUUCCAUCGGGUACCCCAGAUUUAUUGGCUGAUUGGCAUUUCCAAAUUGUCCAUAGUGUGUGAAUGGGUGUGUGUAUGUGUGUGCAAUUAUGCCCUGAGAUGGGUUGGCACCCCAUCCAGGGUGUCCCCCACUUUGUUCCCCGAGUUCCCUGGGAUAGGCUCCAGGUUCCCUGCAACCCUGUGUAGGAUAAGCGGUAUGGAAAGUAGAUGGAUGUAUUAUUAUCUCUAUGCACAAUUUAUUUUAAUCCUCCUCUGGUGUCACCAUUGGUGUCAGUUUCUGAUCACAGCACUGCUUUUGGCUGGAUAGUUGGAUAAUUUUCGUUGAUGGCCUUUUCAAAACACACAAGUAAAACUGAGCUUACAUUAAAAAAACAACAACAACAAUAACAUAACAAUGCUACACCUGAUACACUCGUUCAGAAAAAGUUUGCCCAUCCCACACUACAAUCUACAAAGUGAGCCUUUGUCAUUUACUUGAUAAAAUGGCUAAUAGUGUAGUGUAGAUGCACAUGUACAUGUACUGUACAGUAUUCACACAUUUUAAAGAUUACAUAUGCUGCAGAUGCACUAGAUACAGAAUAGGGUGAAAAUGCUGGAUUAUUCCUUUAAUGAACAUUGUUCAUUAAAGUGUUGUAGUAUGCUUUAUUUGGUGGUCCCAUAUUGAGCCCCAUAGAAUAUCACAGGCUACUGGAUAAAAGGAUUAUAUUGCAUGUCUGCUACAGAGACCCAGAGUGUUCGGCUAAGAGGUUAAGACACAAAGAUAUUGGGGACUACGAAGAUACAUGAUGAAUAUGAUGAGAAUACAUGAUGUUGCGGUCAAGUACAGUGAUGAUGCUCUAAAAUAUCUUCAUAAAAUUGGUCCUGUUUCAAACCGCAACUAAAAUAUUUGCUUGAUUCUUAACUUUUAUUUGCUAUUUAUUCAUGUAGACUGAGGUAUUGUAGCUUUUUAAGGUGAGGUAACAUUUAUGAACAAAUAGAUUUUUCAUCAGUGUUCAGCCCAUGUAAAUAAAAAAAUAUAGCAGAUUAAAAAACAAAAACUCACCAGAUCAAAAUGAUCCAAAUAUGGAAUUUUUUCUUAAGGAUUGAAUCCCUCUUCAGACACAAGACAUUCCUCAUACAAAUGAUUUUAAUAUACUUCUGCAGUAUUUGACAGAUGAUGUCUAAAAGCUAAGAGGGCUCAAAUGUUUCAGGUUCCAACUGGACUAUAAUGCGUUUGCGAUGAAUCAAACUGUAGUGUAUGUUUACAUAUUUAAAGUCAUUCACUUUUUUAUAAUUAAUAAACAUUAGCAUUAUGGUUACAUGGCCAUGAAGAUUGGAUCAAAAUGAGCAAUAAAAUCAGAAGUACUUGCAUUGUAAAAGUGUAAUUAGAAAGAUUUCCCACCAACAUAUCUGUAAAUUGUUGGUGCAUCAUUUCACUGAUUUCAUUACAUUCAUUUUGAGAAAAGCAUCUGAUCAUCAUAUGUGAUACCUAGCAUGAUGUUUACAUACAGUUUCUAAAUUGAUUGUCUCUCACCAAAUGGCUAUGUGUGACAUAAAUACACAUACACUACCAUUUGAACCAUAGCUGUAUGUCUUAAAUUGUUUUCUAUUUUCAGAAUGUAUACGUAUGGGAUUUAAGCUUUUAAAUGAUAAAAAUAGGUGCAUAAUUCAAGAGACAAAAUUCCAUUUGAGCUCAGUAAGGAUGAUGAGUUUUAGGUAGAAAGGCUUAAUAAUAAGAAAUUAUUGUAUCAGUGCAGUAUAUUGUAAUAGCAUGGAUCUGUGGUGCUGGUAAUCAAGACGGUGCAUCCAUAAAUACAGAAACAUAAUGUUUAACACUACAUUAUCUUUACCUUUACCACUGUCUCAGAACUGUGUUACCAUGUUGGUGCUAGCUGUAACACAUCAGCACAGCCUUCUGUAUGCCAUAUUAAAUCUAUAAAGACCAUACUAGGUACACUGGUUUAUGAUGGAUUGAACUUGAGACACAUUAGCUAGAUGAAAAGCCUUACACUGCUCAUGUCAAUCUGUGAUUGCUGUAUUAAAAAAAAAAAAAAAAAAAGACGAUGGACU